CUCGAAACCUAAAGAAAACGCCGUUUUCUUAUUAUUUUGGGGCUCGAAACCCUCAAAAACCAAAAAGAAACCCGGGCUUCCCAAUUUCAAAAACCCUAAUCGCCAUCUCCAGUAUUCUUUUCACAAAAAAUCCGUUAUUUUCUGCGGUUCUUUAACUUCCCGGGGAAAAUGCCCUCGGAGGAUUCGAAGCCCGUGAAGAAAUCGGAGUUGGAAGACGAAGAGGAAGAUGACGAGAAGCAGAGCCUGGGAUCGAUUCUCGAAGGCCGCAAGAAGAAACUCUCAAAUGCAAAUGCAAAUGCUGGUUCGGUCAAACCUCGGCCCAAAGAACCAAAAGUGAAGAAAGAAGAGCGCCUAGAUGACGAAGAUGAGAAACCCAUUAAGUCUUCUCUUUCUUCUGGGUCUCGCUUCAAAGUUAAGAAGGAAGAGAAUGAAGACGACGACGAUGACAAGCCCCUUGCCAAACGAAGCUCUAAUACUAAGCCUGACAAGGAACUAAAGCGGAGAAAGACGACAAAGGAGGAGGAGAAGGAGAAGGCAGAUACGGCAACAGAGCGGAAGAAGAGGGAGAAGAAGGUGUAUGAUUUGCCUGGUCAGAAGCGAGACCCUCCCGAGGAGAGAGACCCACUGAGGAUCUUUUAUGAAACGCUUUAUAAGCACAAUCCGGAUAGCGAAAUGGCGCAGUUCUGGAUGAUGGAGUCUGGUUUGCUUUCCAAAGAGCUUGCGAAGAAAGUUUAUGAGAAGAAGCAGAAAAGGAGUAAUCAGCAGAAGUUCAGUUCCCCAGCCAAAGCUGUAGCAACCGUGAAGCGGAGUACUGUGUCUGUUAGUGUUGUUAAGAAAAAAUUACCAUGCUCCCCAGUUUCAUCAAACAAGAAGAGGACGACAGACUCGAUAGCUGCAUCAAAGCAGACUAAGAAGCAGAAGAUUGAGGAUGGAAGUUCUGAUGAUGACAUUGUUUUGGCUAACAGGAAAAGGCCAUCCUCUCUAAUUUCUUCUAUUAAAAAGACCACCACAGACUCAAAAGUUUUAUCGAAGCAGUCUAAGAAACGGAAAAGGAUUGAAGAUGGAAGCUCCGAAGAUGAUUCAGACGAUGACUUUGAACCCAUAGCAAUGACAAAGAAGCAGCGAGCAGCUUGAUUAUGUUUAUCGUUAAGUGAUUAGGGCUUCUUACAUUUUUUUCGUUAUCACUCAUUAACUAAUUCCUAUUUGCUGAUUUAACUGCUGUCAACACUGAUAUUGUCAGUGUCCUCAUUGCAAGGAUUGUUUAUAUGUUUAUAGAACAGUCCUAUGUUAAUCUGAAAUUUCAGGUCGGGAGGACACUCCUCUCCGACGUCCCUAUUGCUCC